CGGAACGACGUUGCUGGUCGGUCUCCAGCCCCGGGGCCGCGUAGGUGUAUUCAUUCUUGCCAGCUACUCAACUCCGACUUUGUUUCUGAAUUAGAUUUCGCGGGGUCUUAUCCUUCCUACCCCCUAAUACCACCGUCUAUUGUUUUUUUCUUAUUGACCAAGUGUCCUCCUUCCUUGACUCCUACUUUCUACAGACUUACCGUACGGUGACCUCUGCCGUGAACGGGACCCGCCUCCUGUGUGGUUCAUGGCAAUCAUCUUUGUUGGCCUUAUCUCAUCUUACUGAGGGAGAGCCAGUUCGCUGCGCGCUCCCACCAUGCGUAUUCCUGGCGGUGUCGCAGCGGCCCUGGGCCUCUGCGCUGCUGCCUCCGCUUCCCUCCAUCCUCGUCGCUCCUACGAGACCCACGAUUACUUCGCUCUGCACCUCGAUGAAACCGCAUCGCCGGCUGACGUCGCCCAACGCCUAGGUGCUCGCCAUGAAGGCCCCGUCGGGGAACUGCCUCAACACCACACCUUUUCCAUACCCAGAGAGAACAGUGACGAUCUCGAUGCGCUACUAGAUCAAUUGCGGGAUAGGAGGAGGUUACGGCGGCGCUCCGGAGACGCCACCGCUAGUCUCCCCUCUUUGGCCGGGAGAGAUGAAGGUCUGGAUGUGAUUCUUUGGUCCCAGAAACUGGCCCCUCAAAGGAAACUACACAAGCGGAUUCCCCCGUCGGUCGAUGUGGCUAGGUCGCCUGCGAACGCCAAGGAGGAUCCCGAAGCAAGUCUGGCACUGAAACGGGUCGCAUCGGAGCUAGGCAUCGCGGACCCCAUCUUUAAUGAGCAAUGGCAUCUGUAUAAUACUGUGCAGCUGGGUCACGAUCUUAAUGUUACGGGAAUUUGGUUGGAAGGCAUCACAGGAAAGGGCGUGGUUACGGCGAUUGUUGAUGACGGAUUGGACAUGUACAGCAAUGACCUCAAGCCCAACUACUUUGCAGCGGGAUCCUACGACUAUAACGACAAGUCGCCAGAGCCGAGGCCGCGUCUCAGCGAUGAUCGACACGGUACCAGAUGCGCGGGCGAAAUCGGUGCGGCGAAGAACGACGUGUGCGGGGUGGGCGUUGCGUAUGACAGUCGCAUUUCUGGAAUUCGAAUUCUCUCCGCACCGAUAGACGACACGGAUGAGGCGGCGGCCAUCAACUACGCCUACCAAGAUAACGACAUCUACUCGUGUUCCUGGGGCCCCUAUGAUGAUGGCGCCACAAUGGAAGCACCGGGAACCCUAAUCAAGCGAGCUAUGGUGAACGGAAUUCAAAAUGGGCGGGGUGGAAAAGGCUCAGUCUUUGUGUUCGCGGCUGGAAACGGUGCUAGUCAUGAUGACAAUUGUAACUUCGAUGGUUACACCAACAGUAUUUACAGCAUCACCGUGGGCGCCAUUGAUCGGGAGGGUCAACACCCCGCCUAUUCGGAAUCCUGCUCGGCCCAGUUGGUGGUCGCAUACAGCAGCGGCUCGAACGAUGCAAUCCAUACCACCGAUGUGGGUACCGACAAGUGCUCGACUACCCAUGGUGGAACCUCGGCUGCCGGUCCAUUAGCUGCGGGAACCGUGGCCUUGGCCCUCAGUGUGCGGCCUGAACUAACCUGGCGUGAUGUUCAGUACUUGAUGAUUGAGGCAGCGGUGCCGGUUCACGAAGACGAUGGGAGCUGGCAAGCCACCAAGAACGGGAAGAUGUUCAGCCAUGACUGGGGCUAUGGCAAGGUGGAUACAUACACCUUGGUGCAACAGGCAAAGACCUGGGAACUGGUGAAGCCCCAAGCAUGGUUUCACUCCCCGUGGCAGCGGGUGGAGCAUGACAUUCCGCAGGGCGACCAGGGGCUGGCCAGUUCGUACGAGGUGACCGAAGAGAUGAUGAAGGAAGCCAAUCUGGAAAGAUUGGAGCAUGUCACGGUGACUAUGAAUGUCAACCACUCGCGCCGUGGAGAUCUCAGUGUGGAGUUGCGGAGCCCCGAGGGUCGGGUCAGUCACCUCAGCACCACCAGACGGCCGGAUAAUCAGAAAGUGGGCUAUGUCGACUGGACCUUCAUGAGCGUUGCUCACUGGGGCGAGUCCGGAGUCGGAACCUGGACGGUGAUUGUCAAGGAUACCAAUGUCAACGACAACACGGGGCAGUUCGUCGAUUGGCGACUGAACCUAUGGGGUGAGGCGCUUGACGGGACCAACCAGCCCCUUCACCCCAUGCCCACGGAACACGACGAUGACCACACGUAUGAGGAUGCGGUGGUGGCGACAACGAGCGUCAGCGCUGCUCCCACGAAAACGGAGCCCCCUGGCAAACCCACCGACGGCGUGGAUCGCCCGGUGAAUGUUAAGCCUACGGCAUCCGCACAACCAACGGGGACGAUCGAUGAGCCCCUCGAGGAUGAACUCAAGGAGACGCCUGCUACGGAGACGAGCUCAACUGCGACCCCGUCCCCGACUACCGCGUCAGACAGCUUCCUGCCUUCGUUCUUCCCCACCUUUGGGGCGUCGAAGCGGACGCAAGCCUGGAUCUACGCAGCGAUCGGAUCCAUCAUCGUGUUCUGCAUGGGGCUUGGGGUUUACUUCCACGUGCAGCGGAGGAAGCGCAUCCGCAACGACAGUCGGGAUGACUACGACUUUGAGAUGAUCGAGGAUGAGGAUGAGCUGCAGGCGAUGAACGGACGGUCAAACCGUACCCGUCGCCGCGGCGGGGAGCUUUAUAAUGCGUUUGCCGGCGAGAGCGAUGAGGAACCGUUGUUUAGCGACGAAGAUGAGGAACCGUACCGGGAUCGGGGGAUCAGCACCGAGCAGGAACGGGAUGGCGCCGAUGGGGAGCAUCCUCGGCGGUGAACGGAGGGCGCGGGCGAGUAUGCGGUUGCUGUGAUUUACUCCUUGGAUGACUGCUUCUAACUAUCAUAUGUGUAAACUGCAUAAAGAGUGCGUGUAUAUAGCCGGCAUUUGCGAGGUGUAGUAGUAGUAUUUAUUAACGUGUGAGCGGAAAGAAAGAAGACGGGGUCAUCCUGCAACCCUUAUACUAAGUACUGAUUAAG